AUGGCCGCCCAAGAUACCCCCAAAAUGCGAUUCUACCAGCUUAUUGGCCCUGGACCAAUCGCUCAAACCCUUAAGCUUACUACAGCCACCCGCCCCUCCACCGAGAGCCUUGAAAGGAACCAGGUGCUCAUCGAGGUGGCGGUCGCCAGUAUUAACCCUGCCGACUACAAGAUCCCCGAGCUGGGCUUUGUUGCCAAAACGAUGAUGCCUUUCCCUAAGACCCCGGGGAUGGAUUUCGGCGGCCGCGUUGUGGCGAUGGGCCCUGACAUCCCGCACAUUAAAACCGGCGACCGCGUGAUCGGCCGCAUGAACCCCUUGAACUCCACUGGCUCAUUAUCCGAGUACGUUGUCGCCACCUAUGACGACGUUGCAGUCCUCCCGGAGACAGUCCCGCUCGACCAGGCAGGCGCGGCUGCCACAGCUGCGCUAACGGCGUACCAGUCCAUCGUGCCGUUCGUCAAGAUGGGUGACAAGAUCUUCAUUAACGGUGGCUCUGGCGGAACUGGCACCUUUGGUAUCCAGAUCGCCAAAGCGCUCGGCUGCCACGUCACAGUCUCCUGCUCAACUGCUAAGGUCUCUCUGUGUAGGGACCUCGGCGCGGACGAAAUCAUCGACUAUAAGACCACCGAUGUGACAGCCGCCCUGUGCGGAAAGGGGAAAGUGUUCGCUCUGGCGGUCGACAACGUGGGCAACUCACCGGCGAAUUUGUUUCCCAACACAAAGAACUUUCUACUUUCAGAAGGAAAGUUCAAGUUCGUCGGCGGCGCCGUCUCGUUCGGCGUGGUCAAGAACAUACUACCUGGCAUACUGCUGCCAAGUCUCCUCGGCGGGUCUAAUCAUAAGUUCGAGGUGUUCGCGACGAAAAAUUCGCACGAGGACUUGGCUCAGAUUUCCGCGUGGAUGGGUGAGGGCAAGCUGAAGACAGUGAUUGACUCGACGUUCGCGUUUGAGGAUGUGCUGAAGGCUUAUGAGAAGCUGAAGCAGGGGUCGAGUGGGGGGAAGAUUUUAGUGCGAGUGAGAGAGGGAAAGCAUGAAAUCGGGAUUGUGCGGGACGAACUGAAAUAA